CACUUCUCACGCACCGCAUCUUGUCCUGUCUCUGCUUCCAAUCUCUUCUGAGGAUACAUUGCGAGGCUCGUACAUAUGGCGGACGUUCUGUCUUCCCCAGUUGCACCCAACAUUCGAAAACGCCCACUGGAAGACGAGUCACCCGAUCACAGACCGAUCAACCUCAAGGGCACCCAAUUCAUGAUGCCGACACCGCCGGAUACAGAGAAUGAGCGUUCCAGCAAUGCCAGUCCUGGUGGCAGCGUCGGACAGGACCGCCACGAACGCGCUGCGUCUCCCGCGUUGAGCACGAGCACAGCAUUGAGCAGCGUCGUAGAUAUCGCGUCCAGCAGCGACUUGCCGCCUUCGACUGGAAUACCCCUUCAAUCGACCGCUCCCGUAUCUACCUCAGCUUCCACUAGCGGACCUCCUCCAGCGAAGCGAAGAAAGCUCACACCUGCCGAGAAGCUGGAGCAAGCCCAGGCGAAAGAGGCAAAGGCCCGCGAGCGUGCUGAAAAGAAGGCUCUAGCGGAGGAAAAGAAAGCACAGGCCGACGCCGAGAAGGCGAAGAAGGAUGCUGAGCGGGAGGAGAAGAAAGCUCAGGUAGACGAGGAGAAAGCCCGCAAAGCUGAAGAGAAGCGUGCAAAGGCUGAAGAGAAGGAGGCAAAGAAGCGCGAGAAGGAGUUGGAGGAGGCCAAGAAACAAGAGGAGAAGCUUGCCAAAGAGCGCAAGCAGAUGCGUCUGGGUGCUUUCUUUGGUGGCAAGCCGAGUACCCCAGCGAAGCGCAAUGCAGAUGGCGAAGAGAACACACCUCGUUCUAGGCGGAAGUCGUUGUCUCUCGAGCCUUUCGAUGCUGUCGCAGAUCAGAUCAAGUCGACCGCAUCGCCUGUCAAACGCAGCCCUGCACCACCAUCGACCAAGAAACCCGUGCUUUCCGACUACCAGAAGACGUUCCUGCCAUUCGAGGCCCCGAAGCACACCUUCCUUGCCCAGGCAUCGUCAAGAAACCAGGAAGCCGAUCAAGAUCGCUUCGAUCACGAGCUCAAAGAUCCUCUGGUUCAGGAGAAAUAUGAUCUUGGUCUGGUACCUUCGUACACGAACGUCGACAGCUACUUUGGCGAGCUGCGUAAGUCUCGCCGUGGCAGGAGAGGUCACCCCAACGUCCGGAAGGUUUUUGAGAAAGCUCAAGGCACCUUGAAAGAGCCGAUAGAUCUGACUGAAGAGACGUCGAACGAGUCCCCAGACGCAAUCCUCCGCAAGGUGGACAUCAAGUAUGUGCACUUCAGCGAGGACGUGCGACCCGCAUACUGCGGAACAUAUACCAAGAUUACUUCACCGAGGACCACUCGACGUACAAUGCGCAAUCCCUUCGCCCGAUCACGACCGGACACGGAUUACGACUACGACUCCGAGGCAGAAUGGGAAGAGCCCGAGGAAGGUGAAGAGCUUGGCUCGGACGAUGAUGAAGAGGCCGACAGCAAUGCCGAUGCAGACGAGAUGGACGACUUCCUCGACGAUGAGGACGACAAAGUAAAGGGAAAGCGCAAGCUGGUCACGACAGAACUUGUUCCAGACUGUUCAGGACUCUGCUUUGCCAACGAGCAUGGGAAGGUACUGACUGUGAACGGUGCUCCUGCGACAACGCAACCAGCUGUGAUGGAUGGUAUGCGCAUGGGAUUCCUGAUCCCAGGCUUCACCGGCAUGACCAUCGAUCCAUUCUCCACGUCUUACUGGGAUAAACCUGUAUCUGCUGCUCCUUCGGCAUCUGCUAAGCAGCCAACGGCAAGCACUGCGAUGGCACCUUCUCGGAAGCCUCUUGAGCCCAGGCUUAACUUCAACCACUCCGCCGAGUCUGCUGUAUUCGCUUUGAUUGGCGCCGCUGAGGGCGAGAAGGGUCCUAUCACAAGCACGACUGCACUGACGCCGGCUGUUAAGCGCGGUCGCAAGCCACAGCCAAAGACUUUGAGCAAAGAAGAUCUGGAGGAGCUGAAGGAGGCGGUAGUCGGCAGCCCGCUAGGCAAGCUUGAACUUCACAAGGGUUUGAAGGCGAGAUUUCCAAAAUUGACGAACGAGGCUAUCAAGGAGAACCUGAGCAGUCUCUUUGCACAGAAGGGCUCUGGCAAAGACAAGACUUGGGUUUACAUCGGAGACUUGUGAGCUGCCAGACUGCACGAAUUUGCAUUUGACCGAAUAAUGCAUUCUGCUUUAUUGUACAGGACACUCCUGAAAAGCAUGGCGAAUAGCGAUGUACGGAUGUGGUAAUGACAGAGCGAGCGGCAGGUUGACGAAGCAUUAUUAUGAUCGAGCUCACUGCAUGUAACGAUGGCAGAAUUCACAGAUAGAUGCUUCUAACAUCGAUCCCUACGCC